UUUCUCACACCACAGAACACUACUCCUCUCUCAUCUUCACUACAAACCUUAUAAAUUGCAUUUUCAUUUUUGUUAAUAUUAAAAAAAAAAACUUUUCGAUGGCCGUCGAUAACGCUCUUUCAUCGCCGUUGGGUCCUCCGGUAUGCGAAAAAGAUGCUAAAGCUCUUCAGUUCAUUGAAGAAAUGACUAGAAAUGCUGACUUUGUUCAAGAAAAGGUGUUGGAGGAAAUCUUGAGCAGAAAUAAAGAUGUUGAGUAUUUAAAAAGAUUUAAUCUUGAUGGUGCUAUUGAUCGUAAAACGUUUAAGUCGAAAAUUCCGAUUGUUACUUACGAAGAUCUUCAGCCGGAAAUUCAACGUAUUGCUAAUGGUGAUCGCUCUCCUAUCUUGUCCUCUCACCCCGUUUCAGAAUUCCUCACUAGUUCUGGAACAUCAGCUGGAGAAAGAAAGCUGAUGCCAACAAUUAAGGAAGAGCUGGAUCGUCGCCAAUUAUUGUAUAGUCUACUCAUGCCGGUGAUGAACUUGUACGUGCCAGAUUUAGACAAAGGCAAAGGAUUAUAUUUUUUGUUUGUGAAAUCUGAAACAAAAACACCGAGUGGACUCGUAGCUCGUCCUGUACUCACUAGCUACUACAAAAGUGACCACUUCAGGACUCGUCCAUAUGAUCCCUACAAUGUCUACACCAGCCCCACUGAGUCAAUUCUUUGCCCUGACUCGUUCCAAAGCAUGUAUAGUCAAAUGCUCUGCGGCCUGCUUGAGCGCCACCAAGUUCUCAGACUCGGUGCAGUUUUCGCGUCCGGUCUGCUUCGUGCCAUCAGCUUUCUUCAGCUUAAUUGGCAGGAUUUAGCUCAGGAUAUCAUGUCGGGAACGCUAAACAAGCGUGUUUUUGAUCCUUCUAUCAGAAAGUGUAUCACCGAGAUGCUAAAACCUAAUCCUGAGCUUGCUGAGUUUAUCCGAGUUGAAUGCUCGAAAGAAAACUGGGAAGGGAUUAUUACAAGAAUUUGGCCGAAUACAAAAUAUCUCGACGUGAUAGUUACCGGAGCAAUGGCUCAGUAUAUUCCGACUCUCGAUUAUUAUAGUGGCGGUUUGCCAUUAGCCUGCACCAUGUAUGCUUCAUCAGAAUGUUAUUUUGGGUUAAACUUGAACCCAAUGUGCAAGCCAUCAGAAGUUUCCUACACCAUCAUGCCAAACAUGGCCUACUUCGAGUUUUUACCACACCAACCUAACUCGUCCGGGUUAACUCGUGGGUCCCCACCUAAACUCGUUGACCUAGCCGAUGUUGAAGUGGGAAAAGAGUAUGAGCUUGUUAUAACAACCUAUGCAGGAUUAUGUAGGUACCGAGUUGGUGAUAUUCUACUUGUCACCGGAUUCCAUAACUCGGCUCCUCAAUUCCAUUUCGUGCGAAGAAAGAACGUGUUACUAAGCAUUGACUCGGACAAGACCGACGAAGCCGAGUUACAAAAAGCAAUGGAGAACGCGACUCAACUCUUACAAGAAUUCAACACAAGCGUCGUCGAAUACACGAGUUAUGCCGACACAAAGACGAUUCCGGGCCACUACGUAAUAUAUUGGGAAUUAAUGAUAAAAGACUCAUCUAACUCGCCGAGCGAGAAGAUAUUGAGUCAAUGUUGCCUUGCAAUGGAAGAAACGUUUAACUCGGUGUACCGACAAGGCCGAGUUGAGUGUAACUCAAUAGGGCCACUAGAGAUACGUGUGGUGAAAAAUGGAACAUUUGAGGAGCUAAUGGACUAUGCAAUUUCAAGAGGAGCAUCAAUUAAUCAGUAUAAAGUACCAAGGUGUGUGAAUUUUACACCAAUUGUGGAAUUGCUUGAUUCUAGAGUUAUUUCUUCACAUUUUAGUCCCGAUUUGCCGCAUUGGACACCAGAAAGAAGAAGAUGAAAUGUAAUGGAAAAUAAAUUUAAUAUUAAUAUGUAAUGUAAAAUUGCAGAAUCUUGACGAUAAUAUUUUUAUUUUUGGGGGUUGUUGUGUUUCUUUGUGGAAAUUUGGAGGGUAGCUUUUGGAGGAAAAGGACUAAAGUGUAAGUUUGAUUAGGAUGUAAGAGGGUCAAGUUUUGUAUUGUGGUUCAGUUAACCAAUUAAGUGGAAAAUGAUGUGACCAUGAAGAUGUUUUGUCUAAAGAAUUGUUCUUUUCAAUGGAAUGGACAUAUGGCAUAUAUAAA